CCCUUCCUCUUCAGGAGUUGUAGUUGUGCGAGCAAACCUAACGUUAGCUUGUAGUCCUGUCCCUCGGCAGGCUAAAUUAGCUGAGUGGCUUCCACAGCUGGAUAAAUCAUCGCUGUUACACGCUACUAUCAUCUGAGAGGAGUCCAUCUUCUGGCGAGAUCAUGGCUGAUUUCUCGCUGGCAGAUGCCUUAGGAGACGACACCCCGAGCCAGGCAAAGAAAAUAGGCAACACUAACCCGGCUGCCCCUGCCAGCAAUCCUCCACCUCCUUCAAAUCCAGGAUGGCCUGGUUCAGCCCCCGGAGCUCCCACCCAGCCCUCCGCACCCGUUGACUUCGCUGGUGGAUCAUCUGGCCCGGGAGCACCAGGGCAGUUCCCCUUCCCCUCUGGUCCUGGAGCCCCAGGGCAAUACCCAGGACCUCCUUCCGCACCUGGUGGAUUCCCCCCAGGUCAAGGGAUACCUGGACAAUAUCCACCUGCACCAGGAGCCCCUGGGCCAUUCCCCUCCAGCCCUGGAGCCCCUGGGCAGUUCCCUGGGCAGUACCCACCUGAAGGAGCUCCAGGACAGCUACCUGGAGGCCCCGUUCCUUACCCAACUGGACCAUUUCCUUCUGGCCCUGGAGCUCCCCCUGGGCCUUAUCCAAAUGUGCCUUUCCCAGGUGGCCAGCCAGGAGGAGGCAAUGGCAUGUAUGGACCAGGCGGUCCAGGUGGAUUCCCCCCUCCAGCUGGCCCUGGCUCUUUCCCUGCAUUCCCUGCUGGAGGCUUUCCCCCAAUACCCACUGGGUCAUGGGGACCACCUGCAGGUGGAGGCUUCCCUCCUGCUCCUGGCCCCUUUGGUCCUGGCCCCGUGGGUCCAUAUGGUGGGCCUGCCGCUCCAGGAGGCAUGCUGAUGGUGCCCUAUGAUCUUCCUCUUCAUGCUGGAAUUAUGCCGCGACUUUUGAUCACAAUAGUCGGGGAGCCCAUAACUGGUGGAGACAGGUUCAAUGUCGACUUCAUCAAAGGUCCAGACAUCGUCUUUCAUUUCAAUCCUCGAUUUAGAGAAGAAACUAUUGUUAGAAACUCCAACCUCGGUGGAUGUUGGGGGCCAGAGGAGCGGGAAGGAGGAUUCCCAUUCGUUCAUGGACGCCGUUUUGAGCUGAAGAUCCUCGUGGAGGAGGACAUGUUUAAAGUGGCCGUGGACGGCACUCACCUGCUGGAGUACGAGCACAGAGUCGGCGGGCUGGAGGAAGUGACCCUGGUGCGAGUCGUCGGAGACAUCAUCCUGUACAGCGCAGCCCCGAGCAUGAUCUGAAUUUCAGAGCUACUAAACCACACGCUGCACAGGAGACCUAGAUCAAACUUAACCACUGUAUUUUUGUAUUUGAAAUCCCUUCAAAUACUUUGAUGCAUUUGAUGGAAUUUGCAAGGCAUAAUAGUCAGCGGCGUGCAGUCUUUGUCCUCCUGGCACUUCAUCAUUUAUCACUAAACAGAUGGCAGAUUAACCCAGGUCUGCAUACUUUAAUGCUUUUCUUUUUUUUUUCUUGUUUCACUGGAUGACAUCUCAUUUUAUAGGCAAUCACAAUCCAGUAUAUUUACAUAAGAAACAUAACAGCAUUUAAGUAGUGAAUGAGGUGAAGUUUAUUUAAUACAGGUAUUUUAAGGAAAUACUAAUUUAUUCCUAAUGAAAAUGUUGUAGGCCAAGUGGAAAAGUGUGACAUGUUCCAAAUUUUCCACUAGUAUGCUGUAUUUUGUUUACAGUACAUGUACGCUUAUUAUUCUGUCAUUUAUAUCAAGAUCUUGAAUAAGCCUUUGUAAUGCAUGAGAGUGUGAUGCUGAAAAUCAACUUGAUCUCCUUUUCACAGUCUUAUUUCAGUGCUGAACCCACAGUAGGCCAAUGAUGAAGUUUCUCAAAAUGUAUUUAAAUACAGACUUUGAUCUCCUCCUUUGUUCAGUAUUAAUCCUCCUGAGCUCUUGGGCUGGAAGGUCGUGUAAUGUUUUACAAAUUAUGAUUUCAUGUUGAAGUCAAAUCUAAUUCUAAAAAGAAGUGAGGCUCAGAUUUAGGUCAGAUGUAGAAACGUGGACGAAUGGGGUCUCCGAUUUGUUGCCAAAGAUUACAGUGGUACAGUAUUUUGAGAUUGUUUGCUUAUAAAUAAAAAAGGCAACAAA